UGCUUUACUCGAGUAACAAUGACAAUGGGAUGUAGUUCUGUGUCCUGGACAGGUCAGGUGGUGUAAAGGACACCGCUGCAGCUGACAUUCAAACACUGGUGGUCUUUGACAUCAUGUAGCGAUGGUUUUGCUGUGAACGUCAGCGAAGAUACCUCGGAUUUCGUCAGAUCCACUGAAAAAUGGCUAUCACAGAAGUUUUGCCUGCCUCUGAUAUUUCAACCGCCAUCAGUCUAUGCACAGCAAAGGACUCUUUCAGCCCAAAGACAUUUUUUGCAUCUCUAGGCUUGUCAAAGAAGUCUCCUCCUGAGAUAGAGAAGGUCUUUAAAAUGUUGGACCAGGACAAGAGUGGGUUCAUUGAACGGGACGAGCUUCAGUUGUUUCUGCAGAGCUUCUCUAAAGGUGCUCGUGUUUUCACAGCAGCUGAAACCAAGGAUUUCCUUGUGGCUGGAGACAUGGAUGGGGAUGGGAAGAUCAGCUGGGAAGAAUUUUCAGCCCUGGUAAAUGCUUCCUGAGACCAGCUCAAACAUGGCAAAGAAAAAUGAUGAGCUUUGCCUCGGGUCUUGUCACUCAGUCGUUUUCAAAGCUGAAUUGUCCAGGAUUGUGCCCUGUCUUCUAUGUUUUACUGUAAUGUUAUUGUAUGAACUUAGAAAUUCUAUAAGAGAA